AUGGCGGAAGUGCCCGAAACCAAUCCCCCACCGCCGGACCCUCCAAUCCCCUCCGCACCGGACGUCGCGGAGGAAACGGCUCCGCCGGCUGCAGCAACUGCAUCGCAGCCGAGCACCGACAUCAUCGCCCCUCCGGCGUUAGCUCCGAAGCGGCAACGCCGUCCGAGUGUCCCAGGAGAGCUUUCUGAUCUGUUUCAAGUUUUAGCCCUUUUAAAGGUAGACAGACACCAACAAAGGAUUGACCGUGAGCAAAAACUGUGA